UGACAUGCUAACUCACUCUUUUUCUGUCAAUAAUAGAGAAUAACUACUGGGUUGUUAAACAACUACUUAUAUAUGGAUGAUUCCAAGAAUUAAAUAAUAUUAACAAAGAAUGUUAAAUUCGUGGAAUGCUGACUCGGAUAAACGCAAACGAUGUUGGAUAUUAAUAUACAUGUUGUAUGUAAGCAGUGCCAAGAGCCUGGGAGAUGUAAAUGUGCAAGUUAAGGGGACAGCCUCAAAGGGAAAUCCAAUUGUGGAAAAUGCAGAUGGUACUGCUGAACUGGACCUAUUCGAUUCACAGCACGAAGAUGAAAAUGAGAGUACCGACAGUGACGAUGACAUGGGGGAAAUUGAGUAUGUGAUAGCUGGACUUAACCUGAAAAGAAAAACAAAGUUAUCGAGAAAUGAAUGGAAGAAGCUAAAGAAGAUAAUACAAUCACAUUUAUAUAACCAAACUUUAAAUGAGAGAGUGAUUGUAUGGAGGAACAUGGCAAAGAUGAAACGACGACUUGCUAAGAAACUGGGAAUAAAAAAGGUCACAUUUGAUAUUGAGAAGGAGGGACUAUUUCAAGGAGACAUCAUACUGAAUGCCAACCAGGCAAAAGAGAUGUUAAUGGACCAGACGAUACUAGAUGGAUUAGAGAAUAAAGGUGCGCAUAAAAAGGAGGCACAUCGAAAUAAAAGAAGUUCAACUGGCAACAGUGACACGAGGCACAUUCGAGUAAAAAGAAAAUUAAAUGUUUAUGCUGACACAUUUGGGAGAAAUAUCAAUUACAUGAUAAGCCCGGAUAUUGGUUUGGAAAGGAGUACAAAGAUCGAACCAGUCGGGAGUACUAAGCUGUUGAGAGGAAAUUAUGGGAAACUUUUAAUAUCUGCAAGCAACAAACGAUGGAUAGAGGAUGGCAUCGCAUAUUGGGAGCAAAAUACAUGUUUACGAUUCAACAAAGUGACGAACUUUAAACUUCCUCUAAUGCUUUUCGUCUCUAACGGAGGGUGCAACUCACCCGUUGGGCUUAAACCAGAACAAUAUAACCAGAUCAGUAUUUCACCAGGAUGUGGUAAAUUGGGACAGGUCGCCCAUGAAAUCGGUCAUUCUCUCGGGCUGUGGCAUGAGCAUGCAAGAACUGACAGAGGAAGCUACAUAUCAAUUCAAAGGGCAAAUAUAAAGAAAGGACCAACAACACUAACAAACUUUGACAUUGUUUUGCAAGAUAGAAUGUCAGCAUUAGGAGCAGCUUAUGACUUUGGUUCGGCGAUGCACUACGGACGUCAGGCAUUCUCAAAUUAUGGAGAGGACACAAUUCUAACCAAAGAUUCCGAUUAUGAGAGGUCAUUAGGACAAAGGGUGGAGCUUUCCUUUCUUGAUAUGAAGAUUAUCAAUACAUUUUACUGUUCAGAUUCCUGUAAAGAGUCCCAACAAUAUCAGACACUCGAUUGGGUUGCCUGUAAAAACAACGGCUAUAGAGAUCCGAACAGAUGCGACUCGUGCAAAUGCCUUGAUGGUUGGAGUGGGCAGUUUUGUGACCAAGUGGCCCCAUCUGUAGGAGGACAAUGUGGAGGUUUAAGGGAAGCAAUGACCACAAUCAAAGAUGACAUUAUGACUCCAGGACAUCCACGAUAUUACAAAAUUAAUACGAAAUGCACAUGGCUUAUUACAACACCAGAUGGAUAUGAAGUAGUUGCAAGCUUUGUGACAUUCAACCUAGGGUGCAGUUAUUCAAAUAUGUUCAUGGUUGAAAUGCAAUGCAAGAAUGAAUGGGUUGAAGUCCGACACCAUAGAGUUGAUGAAAUGGGACCCAGGUUUUGCUGUGCUGAAUUACCAACAAAAACUUUUGUGUCAACGUAUAAUGAACUGAUGGUGCUGUUCAGAACUUUUCCACAGGCUUCUACCACAUUUAGAGGAAUGCAAAUGCAGUAUUAUUCAAGAAGAAAGGUUCUUAGGGAACCAUGUAAAAAACUGUUAGUAUCUGGCAUAGAGGACCCAGAAUUUUCCUACAUGGAAGGAAUCUACCACAUGGAUAUUCUUCUUCACAAAGGUAGACCUACAUAUAGACAUGACUAUGAAUUCCGGUACAUCUUUUUUGAUGAAUAUAAUGAUGGGAAGCAGUGCUGGUACAUUGGCAACACCAUUGGAAACACUGAUAUGGAUAAGGUUUUCUUACUACUCAAAAGUCAGGUGGACUUUCCGGAAGACUCUACACUCUUUAAUAAGAGAUACAAAAACAAAUGGGCAAAAACAUCAAUGGUCGUUCAAUGUUUGAAUGCUAAACCUCCACGGGGAAUCAGACUAAGUGAUAUGUCAUUAAAUGGCUCACCGAAAAUCGAAGGAUAUUACAAGUUAACUUCAAAGACACAAUACGACCGACCAAUUUACAAACAUAGUUCAAACGAUUUAUAUAUAUAUCAUAAAAAGAUAAGAGAACACACAUGGAUGGUGGGAAAAGAUAUAAACAGUGUGUUGACUGGCGUCGUGGCCAAGGCAACUGCAGAUAGCUCCAGUGAUCCUUCACAAAUGCACGUGGCAUGGUCAGUAAGAGUAGGAAGCAUGUUUAAAGCGGAUGUAAAGCUCCAUGCCACUGCCAUCUACGGGGAAUCUCAUUGUUCAUCAAUAAAGGUGACUAGCUCAAAUGUGGCUGUAGAAGACACGUAUUCGUUGUUGCCGAUGUCCUUUGCUGACAGACCCGUCUACUUUGGACAAAGGGACCACUCUCCCAAGUACAUAGCUUCCAAGGCACUUCACAAAUCACAUAGACUUUGGCUCAUCGGGGAUGCAAUCGGAGAUAUACGAUUGGGAGUAGUCGGAAUGGACAGUUUUAUAAUGGAUCCGAGUAAGACAUCUGGGGAUUGGAAAAACAUUAACAGGAGAACUCUCACAUUGGAUGACAGUGUAUUUGUCAAAAUGGAAUGUUUAGAUGAAAUUGAAAAUGAAUCGGUGAAUGAGUGUACGUCAUCGAAGCAUGACUGUCAUGCAAAUGCUGUGUGUACUGAUACCCCUAGCUCUUACACAUGUACAUGUAAACCAGGGUUCACAGGCGAUGGGACAUCUUGCAUGGAUGUGAAUGAAUGCAUGGAAAAUACCGAUAAUUGUCACGUCCAUGCUACAUGCACCAAUACACAAGGUACCUUUACAUGUAAGUGUAAAGACGGUUACAAAGGAACAGGAGUCCAAUGUGUUGUAAAUCGUGUGAACGAGUGCCUAAUGAGGACACAUAACUGUGAUCAGCACGCCACGUGUAUAGAUACCUCCAUAUCAUAUAUGUGUCGAUGUAAACCUGGAUAUACAGGAAAUGGAAAAACAUGUACAGAUGUGAAUGAGUGUGCAAUAAGAAGAGAUAAUUGUCAUACGAAUGCUGACUGUAUAAAUACCAUUGGUUCAUACAUGUGCGACUGUAAAUCAGGCUUCCAAGGAACAGGGAGAUUCUGCUCGGAUAUUAACGAGUGUUCAACAAGAAAAGAUAACUGCCAUAGAAAUGCCCUUUGUACAAACACACAAGGAUCGCAUAUCUGCAAAUGCAAAUCUGGCUACCAAGGGUCAGGCUGGAUGUGUACAGACAUAAAUGAAUGUUCAACACGGAGAGAUAACUGCCAC